CUCCAGCAUCACCACCAGCAAACCAACCGCAACUUAAUCUUCCACCCGCCCCGCACCAACCUACAACAUUCGACUCUCUUCGCUACAACAGCCUCGACAUCUGCACGAUGGCCGCCAUCUUCUCGGGAGCGCCGCCGCAGGGUGGCCCAGGCUACUCGUUCAAGAGCACCCCCACAGCUGUUCCCUCUGGUGAGAGGCAGCACGGCUUCUACCCAUACACUGACAAUGGCGGUUCAACACUUGGUAUCUCUGGUGCUGACUUCGCCAUCCUUGCCGGCGACACUCGAUCCACAUCUGGUUACAACAUCAACACACGAUACGAGCCCAAGCUCUUCAAGAUUGGCGGCGAGGGAUCCGACAACAAAGGCGCACGGAUAGUGCUCUCCGUAGUCGGUUUUGCUGCAGAUGGCCAUGCGCUGAAGGAGCACCUCGACACCAUCGUGAAGAUGUACAAGUACAAGCACGGCAAGCCCAUGAGCGUCUCCGCCUGCGCACAGCGUCUGAGCCACAUUCUCUACAACAAGCGAUUCUUCCCUUACUAUGUACACGCAAUCCUAGGUGGCUUGGACGAGGAAGGCAAGGGUGCGUUGUAUUCCUACGACCCGGUGGGCAGCUACGAGCGGGAGCAGUGCAGGGCAGCGGGUGCGGCGUCAUCGCUCAUUAUGCCUUUCUUGGACAACCAGGUCAACUUCAAGAAUCAGUACGAGCCGGGCAGCGGGACAGGCCACAACCUGAAGAGUGUUGUCGCACAGCCUCUGCCGCAGAACCAUGUCGAGGACUUGGUACGCGACGCGUUCACAAGUGCGGUGGAGAGGCACAUCGAGGUCGGUGACGGGCUGCAGAUGAUGAUCAUCACCAGCGACGGCAUCCACGAGACGUUCACGCAGUUGAAGCAGGACUAGAUGACGUUUCCGAGAGGGCGGAGCUUAGACGAUAUCAACGACACGAACACACAUCCAAAAUGAUGUGUAUGAACAGCAUGAUACAAUCAAUGCGUAGAGUGAUCAGCUCCCCUCAUGAGAUGGCAUCGUGACAUUGUCUUUGGCUAUGGCCCUGUUUUACUUGAUCCCUACCGUUUAUCCAAGCUCUUUCUGACAAAUACCAUUUCUAC